AUGAAAGCAACGUGUAAGACCCGCCUACCUGGAAUUCCGCCUUAUUAUGCUCUUCAAACCAUGUUGAUAGAGCUAAUGGAGGUGCCAGAACUAAACAGCCUUAUAGUUGUGAAAGACAAUGAGUUGAAUGCAAUCGAGAACCCAGUUACCAUGAUUACUAUGAUCGGUUUCCAUCGAUAU